AUGGAUAAAAAUCGCAAGAAAAUCAUGGAAGAGCUUAUGCAAAAACUUGAGGAGAAAAACAGAAAGCGGGAAGAGAAUGGUGGUGGAAGAGACGAAGCAAGCGCAAGAAAUGUGUUGGAACAGGGCAUACGGGAAAAUGAGGUCAGAGGCGAUGAUGAAUCAAAGGAUAAAGUGCAAGUAGACGAUGAUGUUCUAUACAUAGACAAAGAACUGCUAAGUGAUCGGAAGAGCAAAACGAAAAAACGAUCUGAAGGUCUGAAGAACGCUAUAAAGUGCAUUCAAUGUCAGUUCGAAGUGAACGGCAGUGAAGUGAACUUCGUGUUUUAUUGUCCGCAGUGCAACGAGUAUUGGUUGAUUUUAAAUGAGAUGAUGGGGAUAGAAGGAAAUGAAUCAUCGAUAAAUUUGAGCAGAUUAGGCGAUAAUGUUGAGGACGAGAGCAAGGUCGAAGUUUUGCAGAAAAUUUUGGCUGAUUUGUUGCCUAGCGUGAGCAGUGAAGAUUCAAAAGACGAAGAGAAAUAUAGAACUGAGAUAGAAGCGACUGAAAAAGAAGAAAGUAAGGCGUCAUUUGACAGAGAACAACUGAAUUUAGCUAUAUCGGACGUUAUAGAAGCGCUUCAAAGCAGGAAACAAGAUAGUAGUCGUUCACGAAUCUCUAAGAGCGGAGCGUUAAGACAAACGGGCUUCUUCAGCAUAGGCAUACAGGAGGGAGCCGCAAAUGUUCCAGAGCCAAAGAAUAAACCAAAGGUGGGAGCGAAAAGUGAAACAGCGAGCAAAGAGAGCGUAAAUAAGUCCGGAAAGGCAUUAAAAAGAAAAGCAGACGAGAUGAACGAAAAGCCGUCCGAUCUAACAGAUGAGACCACACAGCAAGUACAAGGAAAAGAGCGAACAUCAGGGAAGGAAGAGGAGCCUGGAGCCGUAGAUAAAAAGGAGUCGAAAAUAUUCUAUACACCUAUAAGCGUGAGUGAUACGUACUUGAUACUACAGAACGAAAGCACCACAAAAUCAUCAGAAACAGGAAAAGCUAUUGAUGGGAAAGACUCGCGAGUUGAGAGCCUGGAGAGGUCUAAUACGAAAAAGGAGAUCGAAAAAUCAGUUGAUCAGGAAAGCAUAGCAGGAAAAUCAUCAAAAGGAACGAGUGUUGGGGAGAAAUCUGCUAAAUCGCUCAUUAAAGAGAAACUGCCGCAAGAAAGUCCAAAGGAAGAGACAGAUAGAAGUAUAAAAAGUGUGGAUAUGCAGAGUGCAAUGGGAAAUACAGUUAGUGAGCUUAAUGACAAUUUAAAGGUCAUGAUGCCAAGUGAGUUUGUGCAGCUCGAAGAGGGCGAGAUAUCUGAUCGGGAUCACAUGCGGCCAGAACAUAAAACAAGUUCUACACAGGCUGUGGAUGGUAAAUCGGAGAAAUCGAGCGUAAGUUCGGUGGAAAAGGGAAGCAAACCAGGUGAAAAGACAUUUUACACCGACAUGCUGAGCACGAUCAGCCAAUUAUGGAGUAAAAAAUCGGUCAACAAGAAGUCACCACGUGAUAGGAGCGAAUUAAGCUCGAGCCAAGCCCGAAAGAUGGACAAAACACCGGCUGAAGCAGGAAAAGAAAAGCCUACCGGUACAAGUAUGGAAUCACGAUCUUCAAUGGAUAAACUGGAGAGUUCUGGUCGAGAUAAGGAAAAAAUAAGUAGCAAAAUUAGUUCUGUGACUCCAUCAAUUUCUAUCAGAGAGGUGAAACAAUCGUCCAUGGUAAAAAGUACUACUCCAAAAAACGAAGAAACGUCUGAAGAACAAACUAAACCCAGGACCGAAACCGAAAAAGGCAGUAAAAAUGGUAAAUCGACUGUGUCAUUUGCUGGUGAGAAAAUGGUCGAGAGUAAACCGAUCGAUAGGUCAAACGUUGAUAGAACAGAAGGAACAGGCUAUGCAGCGGAUGUGGAGAAUGAGCUGUCCAUGCCCGUAAAGGAUGGAGUAUCAGAGGAACGAAAAACAGAAAGCUCUGAUAAGUCGGUUAGUGCGCGGUCAACGGGCAAGAACACCGUGGAAAGGAGUAUAACGGUAUCGUCUCGGGAAAAUGCGCAAAAGCCAUCGCAGAAGGUAGUUGGAAAGGGAAACUCACACAAUUUAGUCGAUGACAUGCGUAAAUUGGUGGAAGAGGAGGAAAGUCUUAAAGUAAAGAAAAAAUCACCGAAUAACACUAUAAAAUCGGACAGCAGCUUCACAACGCAGACGAGAACAACAACCGACAGAUCAUCUGAAAAAUCCUCUAAAAUUUACCAGAUGAGCGAUGCAGAGCUCAAAGAAGCAAUCGGAGACACAGAAAAAUUGCAAUCCUUAGAAAAGAAGCUGAAUGCCACCAACAGUACGCUGAACAGACAUGUCUCAUCCAUACAGGAUGCUGUAGGAGCACAUGAUGAUUUUAUCACCGCACAAGAGGUGGUUCUAGGCGAUGAAACAUUGAAACAAAUGGAGAAUAAAAGUAGAGAAGAGGAAGAACAGAGCAAAGCAGAGAAAAAAGUUCAAAAAACAGUGGAGGGUUCAGGUGUGACGGGCUCAUCGAAGCCGACACUUGGAAAAUCAAUGAUUGAUUCGUUGCAGGUUCGUAAGCGCUCAAGAUCAGAACUGGACAAGGAAGAUGAAAAAGCAGCAGAAACAGUGCCAACAGAGACAAUAACUGUAAGAACACCCACUGAGGAAGUGUUUAACGAUUCAGAUAUAAUAGACAACGUGCCAACAGAGAAAAAAUCGUUUAUUGACGUUUUGAAAAGUAAAAUUGACUCGAAUAGGUCGGUAAGGGAUAUUGGCGACCAUACAGAAAGUGAACAAAGCAUUGGAGUAAGCUAUUUUGAUGACGAUAAAAGGAAAAGUAGCCUUGGAAAGAGUAAUGAGAUAUCGGAGCGGAUGUUUGGUUCAAAGGUAUCAGCAGAUGCUAAAACAAUUGAGAACAUAGGGGAUUACAACGAUGCUGAGCAGCAAGUAGCCGAAGAAAGCAGAGAAGGGAUGAAGUCGGAUGGCAAAACAAUUGAGAACAUAGGGGACUACAACGAUACUGAGCAGCAAGUAGCCGAAGAAAGCAGAGAAGGGAUGAAGUCGGAUGGUAAGACAAUUGAGAACAUAGGGGAUUACAACGAUACUGAGCAGCAAGUAGCCGAAGAAAGCAGAGAAGGGAUGAAGUCGGAUGGUAAGACAAUUGAGAACAUAGGGGAUUACAACGAUACUGAGCAGCAAGUAGCCGAAGAAAGCAGAGAAGGGAUGAAGUCGGAUGGCAAAACAAUUGAGAACAUAGGGGAUUACAACGAUGCUGAGCAGCAAGUAGCCGAAAAAAGCAGAGAAGGGAUGAAGUCAGAUGAGAAUAUGGCACGUGAUGAAAGAAAAAAUAUGGAACGCAGUGCAGGUCCAGUCUCUGAAUCGUCGUCUCCAGCAGGAAAGACAACAACUUCAUCAGAGAUCAGAACAAAGAGCAGGAAUAUGUCGACCAUAACCAAUUAUGGAAGUGGUGUGAAGAGCGAAAGCUCGACUAGUAGGUUGAAAGACUCGGUGAUUAAAGAAGUUAAGAAUCUAAGCAGCAUUAAAGAAAGCUCUAGCCGGAGCACAAGCCCUACACUGAGCUCUACACCAGUUAAGAGUGCUAAGAAAGAAAAAGGCAGGAUCAGCGAGAUCAGAAAAACUCUCACAAGUGGUCAAAAAGAGGAUAAAAAGGCUUUAUUAUCAAAAAGUAUUUCGAGCAAGGCAUCGUCUAGUGUUGAACAAAAGUCUCCUGUUCCAGAAAAGUCUAAACCCAGCAAAGCAUCUAUUCCAAGUGCAGAAGAUAAAUCAACGGUCAGAGAACCGCUGAGUUCAGGUGACAUAGUCUUUCCCAAAACACCAACAACCAGUAACAUCAAAGAGAGAAAAAGUACUUCAGUGAAUGUGUCUACAGCCGGUUCUAGCACUAUAUAUAGCAACAGCAAUCCUCUGGUCGUAGUGGAUACGGAUAAAAAGGAACCAAAGGAAGAAGAAAGCUCUGAAAAAUUGCCAAUGCAACAGAAAAGUGAUGAAAAAGGGGCGCAACCGAAGUUAGAGAAAAUGACUGAUGGAUCAGUGGCAAAGGAUAAAUCACUUAGAUCUGUUGGAUCUAAAGGUGUGCCGGUAGAAUUAAUGUACGAAGAUGUAUCGGCAGCUAGAGAAUCUAAAAUAAAGGGAGUUGAUGGUGUGACCAAGAAAGAGACUGGAGAUGAGAAAUUGAAAGGGAAAAAAAUUGAAGGCGAAGAGAAAAAGAAAAAAUUGGUAGAUGAUAAAAGAAAGGAAGGGGAGCCAGCUGAAGACAAGAGCAUGGCAGAUAAAGUGCCUUCAGAUAGAAGGACGGGUGAAAAACAGCCAAAGGAUAAAGAACAAAUCGAUCUAUCCAAAAUACAGAAAGGUCGUGGAACCAAAUCUGAUAUGAUUGCAAGUUCCUCUUCAAGCACGAGAAAAGAAUCUGUAGAGAAUCAGCAUAAAGCCUUCAUUAGCGAUAAAGAGGGAAUGGAACAAAGUACAAGUAAAGUACCCGUUUCUCAGCUCAAGGAGUCUAUUAAUCAUUCAGUAUCAUCGAGCACACACGACAAAUCUGUGUCAAAGGUUGAACAGUCGGAACAAAAGACCGACGAAAAACAGCAAUUAACGCAUCAUGUGUCAUUUUCCGAUUAUUCAUCCUAUGAAGUCGAAACAGUCGAAGAGGAACCUGCUGCAGGACGUAGAGAUACAGAGGAAGAAAAGGUGAAAAAGAAGAAGGCCAGGAGAUCGAAAGGAGAGGAAUCUACAGAGAUUGGCAAAGAAUCGCGAGCAGCCUCUGUGAUAAUUCCUAGAUACAAAUUGAAACCGACCCGUAAAAGAAAGGACAAACACAAGGUGAAGGUUUAUCUCUUGCACUCACGGAUGACUUCGUCCGACAGUCUAUCAGACAAAUCAGAUAAGGUAGAUGUCGGUGAUGGACGCGUACAACAGCUGGUAAAGUUCUUUGAAAAGAUUAUAAAGAAGACAGAUGAGAAGAAAGAAUAG